UAUACUUCUCUAUCCUGGUCCGCACUAAGGCAGGUGAGUAUUACGUUAAAAGUACAAUUUAAGUUGACCACAACGAGAGUAAUAAUGAAAUCCAUCCAUCCUUAUAUCCUCAUUGCUUCCAGUCCUGCUAUCCCUUCCUUCCUUGCCAUCCCUAGGAUAGUUGUGAUGUUGGGGAUGGCUGCCAUCCCAAGGCACCCUACCAUCCCUCAGAUGGUUGCUCUUAGCGGGAUAGCACAUCACGUAACCUAG